AAGUCACUGUCGCUCAUUACCUUCAUUUUCAUAAUUGCCAGUCCCCAGCGACCAACAGGCUCACUUCGCAAAUAACACAGCGACAAAGAUGUCACCACUUACCAUAAUUCUCUGGUCUACUUUCGGUGGGCUCUUCUUAGCCACAGCUUUGGUCCUGAUUCUGGUCCCUUCACGAUAUGAGCGGUUAUCAACGAGCUUGGGCCAUGCGUCGGUUUCCGUGCAGAUCUUGGUCCUGGGAGACAUCGGCCGAAGCCCUCGGAUGCAGUACCAUGCGCUCAGCAUCGCCCGGCAUGGAGGAACUGUUCAUUUGAUUGGGUAUGAUGAAUCGCCGCCACAUCCAGAUCUUCUCAAAAAUCCAAAUGUUACAAUUCAUGGUCUAGCAGUUCCGCCAAAAUUUCUCAGAUCGUCCGCCAUCCCUUUCAUUAUCUCCGGACCUCUCAAGGUUCUAUGGCAAGUAAUCACCUUGCUCCGAGUACUGGGCUAUGCGACGCCAGCGUCCACGUGGCUCUUGGUUCAGAACCCCCCUUCAAUCCCAACCCUAGCCAUAUCAUUCAUAAUCUCUAUCCUGCGCAACACUCAGCUCAUGAUAGACUGGCACAACUACGGUUGGACGAUUCUCUCGGGCACGAAGGGCCCAUCCCAUCCCUUCGUAGCGCUAUCCAAAACGUACGAAUGCUUAUUAGGACAAUGUGCACCGACAGCGAAUAUAACCGUGACCCACGCGAUGAAGCGUUCGCUUCUUGGUCCGCCAUACAACAUCACCGAAUCGCCCAUCGUAACACUCCACGACAGGCCCGCAACCAUAUUCCAACCGCUCGCAUCCAAAUCAGAGCGAGAGAGUUUCAUCGCCAAACUGCCCUCUACGGCUCCGUUUGCCGAGAGCAUCUUAUCAGGGAAGACAAAGUUGGUAGUGAGUAGCACGUCAUGGACACCGGACGAGGACUUCUCACUGCUCCUCGACGCCUUGGUGACAUACGCGCAAAAGCCAUCACGCGUGCCCAUUUUAGCCAUAAUAACGGGGAAGGGCCCACAGAAGGCGUACUACGAAGCAGAAAUACAGAGGCUGCAGAAGGCCGAUCGUCUCCCUGGGAUUCACAUUCAGACGGCCUGGCUGUCCAUCAGCGAUUACGCGGGCUUACUGCGCAGCGCCGAUCUAGGUGUAUGUCUGCACAAGUCGAGCUCUGGCGUCGACCUGCCCAUGAAGGUGGUGGACAUGUUCGGGUCAGGACUGCCGGUGGCGGCGUACUCGGCAUACGCGAGCUUCGGCGAGCUUGUGAGGGAAGGCGUAAACGGGCGCGGGUUCGAAACGGCGGACGAGCUCGCGGAUAUCCUAGCAAGACUCCUCGGUGGCGGGGCUGAGAAUGGUAAAGAACUGGCGACGUUGCGGAGGGGUGCCAGAAAGGAGAGCGAGUUGAGGUGGGAUGAGGAGUGGGAUCGCGUUCUCGGGCGUGUCUUCGGGUUUACGGUAUGAAAGUGAUGAGUCGAAGAGAAUGAACAAGAUGAAAGAUUUGAACCAAAGACCUCCCAUCUCAUAUCGUGCUUUUCUCAGGGACUGGAUGACCAAUCAGCUAGCCAUGGAUCCUAAGAUACACAACAAAGCAAUUGCAUUACGAAGGAGGAUGGCGAUAGGCACAUAUGGAUUAAUAAAUUCAACAAUCUGCGAAGAGAAAUGAGUGCCACGGCAGCUAAAUAUAGCAAUUGAAGAGGCUACUAAAUUUUCAUCUCGUAUAGUCAUGCAACAAACUCCGAAACAAUGCCCCCUCGCUAUCUUGGCAAUGAUGCUGAUGAUGACCGUCUUGGUA